AGCAUCUUUUCUUUGUAUGUGUAAAUGUGUAUAUAGUAUGUAUAUGUAUAAUUAGUGUUUGGUUAAGUUUGAAAGGAAAAGUUCUCUUAUAAUUGCAGGAUGUAUACAUAUUUUGGACGCUGUAGUAAAAGAAUAUUCAGAAGAGCAUUUUCUAUAGCUACACAGACUAUAAAAAACAAUGAAAUAACACUAUUAGAUCACACGUUUCCAAGAGAUAACUGGACAAAUAUUAGUGAAAAUAUUAUUUACAAAUUGGGAAGAAAUUUACAUAUUUCUCCAUAUCAUCCUUUAUCUCAUAUUCGCCAACGUAUCGUUAACUACAUCUAUAUGCAAUUUCACAAUCGUAUUGGAAAUCCUAUAUUCAGCGUGUUUGAUAACAUAUCUCCUAUUGUUACAGUAGCACAAAAUUUUGAUUCCCUACUUGUGCCAGAAAAUCACCCAUCAAGGAAAAAAAGCGAUUGUUAUUAUAUAAAUCAAAAUACAAUAUUAAGAGCUCAUACAACGGCUCAUCAAUCAGAAUUGAUUUCAAUGGGUUUGAACAAUUUCCUUGUAGUAGGAGAUGUUUAUCGCAAAGAUGAAAUAGAUUCUACCCACUAUCCUGUUUUUCAUCAAGCAGAUGCUGUUAGAUUAUGUACAGCAGAGGAGGUAUUCCAAAAUGUAGACAAUUCUAAUGAGUUGAAACUAUUUGAACAUAGGGGCAUGGAAACUGAUGAGAAGCAAGGUUGUCAUGCUUUAGAAUCUGUAAAAAUAAUGGAACAUGAAUUGAAAAAUACUUUAAUAGGUUUGGCACAGACGCUUUUUGGAUCAGAAAUUCAAUAUAAAUGGGUUCAACAAUAUUUUCCUUUCACUCAUCCCUCAUGGGAACUAGAAGUCUACUAUAACGAUCAAUGGAUUGAAAUAUUAGGAUGCGGUAUUAUGCGUCAGGAGAUUUUACAAAAGUCGGGGGCAGGAGAACGUAUUGGAUGGGCAUUCGGAUUAGGUUUGGAAAGACUGGCUAUGUGUUUGUAUGAUAUACCAAAUAUUCGUUUAUUUUGGAGUAACGAUACUGGUUUCUUAAAUCAGUUCAAAGUUGAAGAUCCUAAUACGGCAAUAAAAUACAAGCCAAUUAGUGUUUAUCCUCAGUGUAAAAACGAUAUAAGUUUCUGGUUGCCUGAAAACAAAAGUUAUUCGUCAAAUGAUUUUUACGAUUUAGUUAGAGAUAUUGGCGGAGAUAGAGUAGAACAAGUUCUAUUAAAAGAUGAAUACACUCACCCUGAAACUAAAAAGAUAUCGCACUGUUAUACCAUAGUAUAUAGACAUAUGGAACGUACAUUAUCAAAACGAGAGGUAAACAACAUCCAUAAUCAAAUAGCAAAACGCGCAAAUGAAAAAUUACAUGUUACACUCAGAGGAAUGAAAAUUUAAUUUAUUAAAUAAAAUUUAAAAAAUUUUAGAAAU